GUGACUUGACUCGUGUUGAGAUGUGGGUGCCGUCACACCCCCUCGACUCUAUGUGAUCCUCGGCUUCGUCUCCUGCUUCGCACACAGAGACCUGGACUGCGCGAGAGACGCUGUUAGUUCUGUGCACCCUGCUCUGCAAUUGGCCACCAUGGAGAUGAGCCAAUCUGGAGAGGCGAGGAAUGAGGGCGAAUUUUGUACCACGUGGAGGGCGCUGUCCUCAGAGGGCACCGCCUCCAUCUGCAUCAAAUCACCGCAAGACCACGAUCGGCGCCUGGAUUCGAAUUCAGGCCACUGCUGUUUCCGGUCACGCCCGCCAACACCACCGCACCACGUGGCCAGCCAGCCAUCCAGGCGCAUGAGGGAGGGGCCUCGCGGUAGUGACGUCACGUCUGUUACGUCAUAGCCACGUCUCCGCUCAUCGUCCAGAGGAAUGCGAACGAGGCAGCAGCAGCAGCAGACACCUUUUGAUAGCGAAUCUUCAACGAGGCCCUCCAACAUCAAACAGAAAUUUCUCCUUCCCAACAACAUGGACAGACAACUCAAGUGGGCUGAGAUCUUGGAGGAUUAUGAGGCCCGGGAGUCGUGGCGCCAGUCGACCACGUGGGGAGACAUUAUGGAUAAAGUGGACCCUUUCCCAGGACAAAGUUAUGAGAAUUGCUCCCCAAAGAGGAGCAUUGGGGAGUUGAAGCACUUCAGCGGAGUGAAGCGUCUCCAGGAGAAGCACCUUGUGAAGGAGAAAUGCACCAUGGAAAAGGAGCACCUCAUUGAGGUGCAGCGCCUUGCCAGGGUGAAGUGGCACACAGAGGAGAAGUGCCCCAGAGACAAUCUACUCAAGAACCGCCUCAUUGAAAAGCACCUCAUUGAAGUAAAGUGCUUCAGGGAUGAGAAGCGUCUUCGCAAGGUGAAGUGUCUCGAGGAGAAGCAUUGGGAGGAGGAGAAGCGUCUUGCCAGGGUGAAGUACCUUGGAGAGGUGAAGCGUCUCCAGGAGGAGAAGUGUCUCAAGGAGGUGGAGCGCAUCACUGAAGAGAAGCGCCUCAUUGAAGUGAAGCGCCUCGCCAGGGUGAAACACCUCACACAGCAGAAGUGCCUCAGAGACAAUCUCCUCAAUAAUGUGAAACACCUGAUGGAAAAGCGCCUCAUUGAGGAGACAAGUGUAAUGCGGGCGCGGGCGACCUCCCGGAUGUGACGUCACGGAGAGGUGGAGUUAGGUGACGUGGGAGGAAAGGUUAAGGUUCUUAAGGGAGGAGACCGGAAGAGGAAGGGAGAACGAGUGGGACUGGACCAGAGUAAGGCCACGUGGGCAAAGCCAAGGGGUGGCAGCGGCGGCCAGCGGUGGCCAGCUAAGGGAGCAGCCAGCGGAGCUGCGAGAGAAGACAGCGGUGGGGCGGCUGGAGAGAAGGCGGACGAGGAGCUGCGGGGAACACAGCCGGCGAGGCUGUGUGUGAGGGAGAGGCUACGAGAGCGACGAGAGGAGAGAGAGGCUGAGAGAACGACGAGGGGAGAAACUGCAGGAGAGCAGUAUCAGUGUCAGUAUAGAGUCUUAUAGAAGGACAGCCGUGCGGGUUAAGAGAGAAGAACCGAAUAAAGGACACCAAGCCAGACAUCGUGGUCGAGUCCUUUAUUACAUUGGUGUCGGAAGUGCAACGGCAUGUCGAAACAAGUGAGAAAGAAAAAUGUUCCAGCGCCGGCAUCGGCUUCUUCGUCCGAAGACGAAGACUUCCCUCCAAACAUGGAUCCUGCCAGGGUGGUGGAGGAGAGCCCUGCUGAAACGAGUGCGGGGACGGGAGUGGAAGAUGUAGCCACAGUGUCAGGGCCGCCGACACCAUCAGACGCUGAUCGGCGAUGGCUGCAGGUGGCUGAGCAACUGGAGACUCUCAAGGACGCCCUGGGCCAAUUGUGUCAUCUCGUCACCCCAAGCACGGCGACGGAGAGAGCGGAGAGUGCUCCACAGGCCGCCACGGGUUCUUCACUCCCGGCGCCAUGGGCCACGCGGCAGGAGGCCGCCAUCUUGCGCGUGCCGCGGCGGGAAUCCGCCAUCUUGACCACGCCGCGAUUCGACGCCAUUUUGAAUUUGCCUCCGGAGGAACCAUCGGCGGAGGGCGGAGUGAAGCGAAGUCGGAGUCGCCAUCUCACCACGGUCAAGGAAUUCGCCAUUGGGGGCGACUGGAGCGCUUUCGCCUGCAGAUUUUUAGCGGCGGUCCGUUCUGCGAGAUGGACCGAUGCUGAGGCCUUGGAAGUGUUGCCGACUCUUCUGGACGACGAAUCUGUUCGAUUUUUUCGCUCCAUUAAGGCCGAGAAGAAGAGGACAUUAUAUGGAGUUUUUCAAGAAAUGGCCGACGCCUACGAGCCACCUGACGACGCGCAUCGGCGAUUCGCUCAACGACAACGAGCGCCCGAGGAGUCGCCUGUGGCGUACAGGGGUGCAGUGCUUGAUUUGGCUAUGGCCGCGUAUCCAGAUACAACGCCUGACCUGCUCGAGCCUCUCAUCUUGGGCAAGAUGCUCGAGCUGUCGCGGGAUCUUGGGAUUCCCAUGCCGGUGUGCGGGCAUGAGAAGCUCACCUCCCGGGCGGCGGCGAAAUGUCUGGAUGCACAAUUCAACCUACGACGAUGGAAACAGGUCACGGCGUGGACAGGGGGGCCCGUCGCGGAGGGUGGCGCUCUGGGUUGGGACCCUACGAAGUCGGUAUACGUGCCGGAUGAGCGGGGCCCUCAGGAGCUGACGGCCGCCUCGGUGCCAUGGUCAGGCCGCGGUGGACCGGCCUCUCGUGCUGCACCGCCGAUACGCGGGCGGCGCGAUGCAAGGCCUGCGCUUCGGCGCAACGACGCCGAUUGCUUCCGCUGCGGACGGAAGGGCCACUACGCGAAGGACUGCUGGGCCCGCAUCCCGGGUCCGCCACAACAGGAGGCCUCAUUACCGGCCAAGCCGCCCAAGGAUCCACCGAAACAGGCAAGUCGGCACGCACCAGACACCCGGCAAGGCUUUACACCUCACCCAUCACCUUCGUUGUGCGGUCAUAGUGUUGUUGUUAAAGAGGGACCUUCGACGGGGCCUUGUCGCUCUGUGACGCAGUGGCGCAAAUUGGCACGGAGGGUUGUUGCGGCCGCUACGGGUUCGUCCACCGUGCCGGGGUCUAUACAAGGGGUGGACGUGCGCAUUUUGGUCGAUUCCGGGGCGUCCGCGACUAUUAUUUCGGAUGUCAUUUUUCAUCUGUUAGGCAUCCCACCCGGGGCCGUGCGUCCGGUUUACGGGUCGUGCGUCGCUGCGAACGGGGGUAGUAUGGGCAUCGUGGGCCAGGUGGACGCUAAAAUAUCUAUUGGGGAUGUGUCGGCCUCGGGCGUUGUGUUGAUUUCAAGAUCCUUGGCAGU